AAAUAGAACGACCGCUGGUAUACCUCCACAAUAUAUAAAAGGUUGUGCACACGGGAUUUUACCAGGCGUACGGUCCUGCCGCAACGCUUCUCUAUGAUGCUGUAGAGACACCUGUCGCCAUGAUUAUUUUAUUGGGAAUAGUUAUGUUGAAUGCAAGUUUAUCACAUUUCUCAACAAGACAUGCAAGGGUCGAUAACAAUGUAUCUAGAUGCAACACAGGAAAAGUUCACCAUUCUUUUGAUAUCAGAGGAUAUGUGCUAGUUCUUUCCGACGACAGAAGCCUUCUAGAGCGCAUGUCCGGAAUAGAUCUUAGAAUACCCGACGUUAUCAUUUGUGAUAAACCCCACAACAUCAGCUUACUAUGUACCAAAGCAUGGAGGCAUAAGGACAUAUCUGACAAAGAACAACAUGAUCACUUCGAACGACCAAAUACAAAAACUGAAAAAAGUCUGCUUCCAUCAGAUACACGUUUAUACCUAUGUACAUGGGGAGCUAUCAGUUGUAGAAUAAUCGCUAAUUUCGGCUAUCUAUGUUCCAGUGCAUGGAGACACAAGGAAAUAUCUGACACAAAUCAUUUCCAACGAACAAAGCAAAAAGCCAGAAGCAGGCUGCUUCCAACGAAUACACGUUUAUUCAUACGUACACGGGGAGCUAUCUGUUGUGGCAGAAUCGCGAAUUUCAGCCUUCUUUACACCAGUGCAUGGAGCCACAAAGUCAGAUCUAACACAGAACAACUUGAUCAAUCCAAACGACCACAACAAAUAACUGAAAACCGGCAGCUUCCAACGGAUGCACGUUUAAACACCGUCUACUCGUCGAAUCACACGCAGUCUACUUUAUCUAGAUGGAUUUCGAUAUCGCAGAACGGUACUUUUUACAAAUGGGCGAAUGAUAAUUAUCUGCAAAAUAUUUCUGUCAAAUUGUUUUCAAUAUUCAAGAACGUUUCUUUAGAAAAAUGUUUGACAAUCAUCGAUCAUAUGGACACUAUUUCCGACGGAUUUUUUUUAAUGCACUUUGUCUCCGUCGCAUUAUUUUCAUUUUGGAAGAACGAUUGUUUUGACAAACGGUUGAUAACUGAUCGUAUGAAAUCUCAUAGCGGUUCUUUCGAAAUUUCAGAAAAACAAUACUCGAUGGUAGACAUUUCAGACAAACAAUAUCCCAUGGUAGACAAUUCAGACAGACAAUAUUCCGUGGCAGUAUCCCGUGUUAAAACGCUAUAUUGCUGUAAAUGGACAGUGGACAGAACUACAAAUCAAAGAAUUGCUUCAUUGGAGAACAACUGGAAUAUGAACAAUUCGAAUGUGUUAAAAACUAUACGUGAGUUGGAAGAUGAAAUGCAAAGAAAGAUUUACCUUUUACAUUAUACUAGAACUACAUAUUUAUAUUUAGUGUUGAUAAUGAAUAAAUGCCAACGUAAUAGUCAUUUAUUAUCACGUGAACCAGCAAUUAGCACCAAUUGGUUUGUAUCUCCUAUGUCUAGACUAGAUUGUAUCUUAUUUUGGAUUAUGUUUACAUGUAUAUGUUUGUUUAAAAGUGUUUCUUCACAGAAGUUUUACUUAAAGCUAACUUCAAAGAAAAUAAUAUAUUGGUUCGUGUUUCAAGUUUCAAACAAUAUAUUAAACAAAUACUGUUAUUUUCCUGUAUAUUUUCCAAAUGUGUUACAUCAUGUACAUAAAAUACGAAAUGAAAUACUUCAAAAGUUAUAUCCAAUCGUUUCACCUUCGUUUAGGAUAAUGAUCAUUCGGCGUUAUAAAAGGUACCAACGUGAUAUUAUAAGAACUAAAGUGAAAGAGUUUUUCGAAUCCUAUGUUAAAUGGUUGAAAGCGUUUAAUCUUAAACAGAAAUAUAUUAGGUCAGCAAACAUUGGAAAUACUUGCUUGAAAAACAGGCAGAGGAAGAACCAGCUUCGAGGAGGAAGAAAACGGAAAUGUUCUUUCAGGAAAACUGGUCCAUUUAUGUAUGGUAAGCCGUUAUAUAAACGCAAUUCUUUGCAAAGGACAUCACAUCUGCGACGCGCAUUCAACAUUUUCACGAGCAGUUCGCAAAACAGCUUAAAUAAAGCCAUCACAUCCACCCAGCAAACUGUAACCAAAACAGGGAAAAUAGCAAGGGAUGCAGCGAAUAACAUUUGGGACCUCUUGCGUCUACGGCGGUUCCCUCGUCCAACACUGAUAGCUGUUUUUCCGUUCCUGGGGUCAUCUGUAGAAAAUGAGUUUUCACGAGUUGCAACCUACGCCAACUUCCCUACAAGGACACCUGUUAGUACCCUACGUCUAGCUCGAGCUGGGUUUUUCUACACGGGUAGCUCAGACUUGGUGGAGUGUUUCCACUGCCACGUACAACAUGGAAAUUGGGAAACAAAUGACAUACCGUUUGAAAUACAUGAACGGAUAUCGCCUUCUUGCGAUUUUAUACUUGGAAAUGAUACCGCAAACACUGCCAUUGACCGGUCAAGCAUCCAGAGUGGACCACACACCAGUCUACUCAGUACUACGAGUCUUGCGCAAUCGAGAAAUUGUGAAACCAACAUGUAUGGAACGCUUACCUCAGGAGAAUUACAAACUAACUCAUCUGCUUAUGCAUCUAUCGGAUCAGAGCGCUCUUCGGCGCUUCUGUCUACCGGAUCAGAGUGCUACGAAGAGUUGCAUUCAGACUCGAUUGGAUUUAGUAACCAAUGUACAGAGAAUAGUCUAUCUACGAUUGAUCAAGAAGAGAGUGGGAGUUUUCACCAAAUAUCAACAACUGCAUCACAGACAUGUAGUUUCGAAAAUCGCGAACAUUCCAUGAAUCGAAAUGCCAACGGGAUCUCUUCAGUUGUAGAUAAAUCAAAGAUACAUAAUAAACCAACACAUUCUGAUUGUACAAGGAUGGGGAAAAUGACAAAUACACAACCACGACAUCACGCAGCAACCGUUCAGCUCAAACCGCUAAAUCAGUGCCACGAUCGACCAAAAUACAUAGCGUAUGCCGUCAUUACUGUCCGGAUGAGCACGUUUAAGGGAUGGUCAUCCCACACCAGCCAAACUCCGAGGGAGCUUGCAACAGCUGGCCUGUUCUAUACAGGGUGUGGUGACCUUGUCAGAUGCUGGUUCUGUGGUAUCAGCUUACAAAGCUGGGAGACAAAUGAUGAUCCUUGGAUAGAGCACGCUAAGUGGGCACCAGCGUGUUUGUUCCUGAGACGAAGCAAAGGAGACGAAUUCAUUCAACUUGUCCACGAAAGAAAUAACUUUUGUUCACAUUCUAAUUCUACCCGAAACGUCGAAGAACCCAGCAUGUCUCCUAUUCAAAAUGCACCUGAAGAAAUUCAAACACCCCUACAUUUGGCAGCAACAGUUGAAAGAGUGAAGGCCAUGGGAUACUCAACAGGUUUAAUUCAGAAAGCUAUAGAGACACUACAGAGGGAUAACACACCGAUUGAUACCAAUAGCAUUGUGAAUGAACUUAUUGAGAAUGAACGAAGCUAUUUUAGCAACAAACCUGAUCGGGUCAAGGUCAGUGAACUCGCAUGGAAUACAGCAGCUCGCACAUCCGAAGUCGCCUCUUGUUCAAAUGGUUUAACCGAAGGAAUGAGAAAUCUCGACAUUCAAGAGAGCAAUCGUUUGAUGGAGGAAAAUAGACGUCUGAGACAGGAACUUAAGUGUAAGAUUUGUAUGGAUGUCGACGCUGUCAUUACAUUUGUUCCGUGUGGUCACAUGAUUUGCUGUGAAGACUGUGGAUAUGCAGUGUCUAAGUGUCCAGUUUGUCGUCGUGCCAUAGAAACGCGUGUGAAAACGUGGAUGUCGUAAACACUCAAACAUAACCGAAGCUGUGUAUCAGAAACAUAUAUACAAUACCAAGUGUAAAAGAGAUAUUACAAUCCAUUUAUUCACUAAUUCAUAUGCUGAAAUUUCUCGUUUGUUUCUCGAAGCUUCCAAAUACUUACGUGAAAAAGCGAUAUAUAUGCUUGAAAUUUCGAUAUAUUAAACUGCAAAAAUCAGUUUUAAAUAAUCUACCUCGAAAUUCCGACUUAUGCAAAAUUGAAAUGUCGAUGUACUGAAAAUUUCUAUAUACUUUAAAAACAAUUGCAGACACAAACUCGAAAUUAUGUGAUUUUAUUAAAGUAAAUAAGUCUGUAUUCGCCUUCCUAAAAAUUAGACGCAGUACAUCUACAUACCGUUUUGUUGAUCUCAGACGACACGAUACACGGCUGGGUGUUUAUUUAUGAAUUGAACGAUGUAAGUGUGACGUGCUGAUUCUAUUAUUAUUAUUAUAUUUUAUGAUGUCAUCAUUAUAUUAUUCGAAUUUAUCAUUAUAUU